UUCAUUACUCGUCAAAUACAAGAUUAUAAUGCUCUGCUUCUUUAGGGUUUUUGUUUUUACUUAUUUAUGAUUAUGGGGUCCUUCUCCAAUUGGGAAUUUCGGGACUCUGCUGUAUUUGGGAGUUCUAGGGUUUCCACUCUCUUGUGGUUUAGGGUUAGGGUUUCUACUGCUCUCACUGCAAUAAGGGUUUCUCCUUUGCAAAAAAAGUAAUGUAAUUCGUGCUUUGUUGCAUUCGGGAAAUUUUAUCAUUUGUUAUUUGUUUCAGUAUCUAGGGAUUUGGGGACUAGGGCUUUAGCUUAGCAUGGAGUCUGAUAAAGGCAAACUGUUUGUGGGAGGGAUAUCUCGGGAGACAAGUGAAGCUAUUCUCAUGGAUCAUUUCGGCAAAUACGGUACCGUAUUGAGCUCAGUUGUAGCUAAAGACAGGAACACGAAAAGCCCUCGUGGAUUCGCCUUUGUUAUGUUCUCUGAAUCUUCCUCAGCUGAUAAAGCUCUUCAAGACACCCAUGUUAUCCUAGGGAGAACGGUAGAAGUGAAAAAAGCGAUACCCCGAAGCGAUCAACUCCAGAACCAACAACAGAAUGGUGGGUUCUGUAUGAAUGGUAAUGGUAAUGAUGCUGCUGACAGUAACUUUAGGACUAAGAAACUUUUUGUAGGGGGUUUGUCUGCUACUUUAACCGAGGAAGAGUUUAGGAAUUAUUUCCAAAGAUUUGGUAGGAUAACAGAUGUUGUUGUGAUGCAUGACAGUUUGACUAACCGGCCUAGGGGAUUCGGGUUUGUUACUUUUGACUCAGAGGAGUCUGUGGAGAACGUAAUGCAGAAGAAUUUUCAUGAGUUGAAUAAUAGGCUCGUGGAAGUCAAGCGUGCAGUUCCAAAAGAGGGAAGUAAUGGUAGUUACAGUAAUCAAAACAUGAAGCCUGGUGCUGUAAGGGGGUCUCCUUAUAAUGGUUUUCAGGCUGUUGAGUUCACUUCAAAUGGUUCUGGAUAUGGAAUGUUUCCUGGCUAUGCUCCUCCUCCCGCCUGUAAUCCGGUUGGGGAUUAUUUAUAUGGUACAGCCACAGGUGUUUAUGGCUCUGGGUACCCUAUGGUAGGCUACAGUAGGGUUGCUUAUGGUGUCACUCAAGCUACUCCUAGAGGCCCUUUAUAUGCCCCUGUAAUGCUAGGACCUAGAGUUUACCCGCUGCCUUACGGCAGUCCAUCCGUCUAUCCUGCUUAUAUGAACAGCGGGGUUGGUCUCAUGGGUGCAGCAGCAGGUGGGUUCAAUGGGUUUAUGAAAACCGGAGUUGAUGGGAAAUGGAAAGGUGACAAUGUUGAUCAGCCUGCACAUGACAUUCAACCUCAGACUGAAGCAAUAAACGGCGGUACUGAUUGUUCUGGUUUAAAAGAGCAUAGCGUUGGUGCUGCUGCCGAACAGGAUCCGAAAAGUGUUGAUGGAAAACUUAAGCCUUCACGUAUUGAAGUUUCUAGAUGAUUGGUUGACUCUGUUUAGGCUUCAAGGAGUUAGUAAAUUCUUUAACUGACCGGCUUAGGGAAAUUUAAUCAUGGAAUGUUCAGUUCAGUGUCCCAUUUAGGCAUAAUCUGUGUCAUAAACAUGCUGCAUGUACCUUCUUUAGUGCUAUCAUUUGUCAGUACAGAAUUCGACAUUAUGUAACAUAAUUGCAUCUGGAUCCCACUUCUAUUGUGCAUUUCACGGCUCUGUCUGGUAGUGUUAAUAAUGAAACAAUGACUUUUA